CGCGCUGGGAAAAGGGGCGGGGUCUCCCCGCAAGAGUGGAGCGGGUCUGGAUCCGGAGUGACGCAGGCGUAGUUAGGUGUUUCCGGACGGAAUGGGCGUGGUCCCGUCGGAGGGGGCGGGGCCGAGCUGCCCGUCGCCGUGUUCCCGCCGUUACGCCGAAACUUUGCACGAGAGAGGACGGAGAGUACGCGGCGGGAAAGUGCGGGGUCGGGGUUUGGCGUCCGACCCGGACGAGAGGAGCCGUGUCCGGGACCGGGCGGGGCCGCGCUUUACGACCGAGGCUCCGCCGCCGCUGCGCCUGGGAAUUUCCUGAUGUUACGCCGCUGAUGCACUCUGGGAAACUUCCUGCGCUCACGUGAUCGCAGGCGGAUGUGAGGCAAUUGGAAGGUUUGAGGAUUCCCCUCCUCCUCCUCCUCCCCUUACAAACAAUCUCCUCAAAGUUUGCUGCAUCUGGCUCCACAAGGAGCAAAUUCCCUUCCCAUCUCUGCACAGGCUUGUUCACUGAGACUUUGCACUUGAGCAUCUCUCCCCUCAUCACCCCACUGAGUGCAACAGUCUCACCAUCAUCAUCACCCUUACAUCUUGUAACCCACUCCCACUAUCACCCAACAAGAGACAUAGGACACUAUGGCAUUCCCCAUGGGCAUUCCUCUCUACACAAUUAUUGUGGAAGAUGAGGAGGAGGAGGAGCAGCAGCGAAUGGAGGCCAAGAGGAUACGGCAGCAUGGCAAAAGACAUCACCCAACCAGGUACUAUCCACCUCAGCGUAUCUACAGGCAACGCAGGUCCUUUGAGGACCUGUCGGAGGAUCUCUGCAUUCGGAGGGUGCGAUUAUCUAAGGGUGCCAUUGCCAAUCUGUGUGAACUCCUUCGUGAAGAUCUUCAGCCGCACUCCACUGCCAGGACAGCCUUGUCUGUUGAAAUGAAAGUGACCACCGCUCUGAAUUUUUUUGGCACUGGAUCCUUUCAAGGCGCCACAGGGAACAUGUGCAAUAUCAGCCAAGGAGCGGUGAGGGCAGCUAUUCAACAGGUCACGGAUGUGCUCUUUAACAGAGCUCCAGGAUUCAUCAACUUUGGCAUCACGCCGAGGCAACAGAGGGAACGAGCGAAGGAAUUCUGUUACAUUGCGGGAUUUCCCAAAGUUCAAGGUGCCAUAGGUGGCACCCAUGUAGCACUGAAGGCACCAGCAGAACAGCCACUUAUAUUUGUGAAUAGGAAAGGAUUCCACUCAUUAAAUGUUCAAAUUGUCUGCGAUGCUCACCAGAAGAUCCUGUAUGUAAAUGCUAAGCAUGCAGGAAGCUGUCAUGAUGCUGUAAUUGUACAGCACUCAACUCUCCCUGACCUCUUCCAUGAAGAUAACCACGUUCAAGGAUGGCUUCUUGGAGACCAGGCAUACGCAUUGCAAACGUGGCUCAUGCCUCCACUCAGCCAACCGAAAACCCAGGCCGAGGAAGCGUACAACAAAGCACAGGCAGCAACGCGGGCUGUGGUGGAGAGGACCAUAAGACUGUUAAAAAGCAGGUUUCGUUGCCUGGAUAGAUCCAGUGGAGCUCUGCAAUACACACCCCAAAGGGUGGCACGAAUUGUCAUAGCAUGCUGCGUGCUGCACAAUUUUGCGCUGCAGGAAGGCCACCUAUUUAACAUAGAUGAUGAGGAGCCACUGCUGCCUGAGGAAAGGGAGUUGCAGGCCCCCCCGUUUGAGGAGGAUGAACAGUUGGAGGAUUCAUCUCUGAUUGCUGCGAGGGCCAUCCAAAAUCAGAUUGUGCAGGAAGAGUUCAGCCAUUGACGAUGUAGCAGUUUUCUCUUUCUUUGUCAAAUACCAAGCAAGUUAUCUUCCUUGAAACCACUACCAACCUUAGUACAUGACUGCUGAGCAGCCCUCAAUGCCCAAAAAGCACUGUGACAAUAUUUAUGACCGGAGUAUAUAUGUUCACGCCAGUUAAAUGUUCCUGUUCUGAAAUGACUUUGUUAUUCACGAGUGACCAGUGCAAAAUGUACAGUAAUAAAGACAUGUUGUACAGUAGAAGCAAAUGGAUAUAGUGCUUGUUAUUUACAUCCUGAUUCAUCUUGAUGAUAGGCUAUCACUUCCGAUCUCAGUCAUUGGUUACUACUGCUUUGUACAACCUGAGGGCCAGGCUGACAGGUGAUGAGUGGCACCACCUGCUGUACUGAAGGGGCCAUAGGACUGAAGUGGCUGUCAACCCAUUGGCGGCUGGGGCGUAUUGAGGAGCUGCUGCUGGCUGUUUAUCUGGACGGAGCUCAUGGGCAGCCUGGUCUCGUCUAUUGUCAUCAAAGCGUGAGGAGGACUGGCAUAUGCCAUUGUCCUGAGAGGUGCCAGGAUCAGGCAGGUGGAUUUGAGUCAUCAAAUGGAGCUUAAGCUGCCCACUGCACUUUCAGGCCAGAACACAAUUAGGCCAGAACUUGCACCACCUCAUAUGUAGCUGUUUACCCAGGAAAUUUGCAUGAGAUACCUGCUCCUGCUUGUGAACAGCAUAACUUUCUAAUGCAGUGGACGUAGCAAAUUGCAGUAUUAACAGCAUUGUUUUGGGUAAUUGGAUUGUUUGCAAACUGCUCUUUCAAAUCUCUAGCAAAUGUAGGUGUAGUGUUUACAUAAUGAAUGCAAAACUUUUCUAAACUCAUAACGCUAAUUGUUUUGCAAAUAUAAUGGAUCUCCCCAUACCUGUCAAAGGGAGUGUUCUGUGAUAAUUCUCACAUUUGCUCAAGGAUGCACUGGUGUUUGCAGUGAAUGUGUCUUCUCCUGUUUGACUUUGUGCAUUAAAUAACUUCAAGUCACUAAUGGACAAAACAGCAAAAUACUAUUUACGCGUUGUGACAUCCAAUUUCCUAUUGGGACCAUUCUAGAAUCUGGAGAGUUUGGAAAGUCAUUGCCAGUGCAACUGCCUCUAGAGCCCUCAGAUAGACACCAUCAGGCAUUGAAGGUGUGUUGGAUUUUAUUUCAAGAUUCUCCAACAUGUUUUCUCCGCUGAUAUUAAUUACCUUGAAUUCUCAUUGCUUGGCUGUCUAUUCCCCCUGUUUAACCAUCUGUAUGCCUUUUCCGUUGGUCUAAACAAGUUCAGAAUUUUCUCUCCUCAAACCUGUAUAAUUGGCUUUCAUUAAAUUUAAAAUUUUUAUCUGCAACUCGCAAAUGUUGCUUUCAAACUUGGAAUUUAAUUAUAUUCUGCUGAAAUUACUAAUUAAAACCCGCCCCAUUAUAUGAUGCUAAAUCCAAGUUGCUUUAUCCCAAGUUAGUUCCACAACAUAUUGUUCUAAGAAAUUAUUGUGAAAUUAUUCCCCCAAUUUGGCACCACCCUCUUGACCUGUCCAUCAUCUUUCCCAUCUAUCCGCUCCACCUUCCUCUCCGACCUAUCA